GAAGCUUCCUUCCCAUUUUCCUUUAAAUUUAUUAUCCCUUUUCUUUCUCUCUUCCAUUAUCAAAAUAAUUACCUUCGCCUCUCUUUUCUCUCUCAAUCGCUACCGGACACACUAAAACGCCGCCGUUUGAUGGCCGCCGAGGAUGACGAUGACGGCGGCGGACUCUUCUCUCCGUCGUCCUUCAAAAGCUACGCUCUCAGCGGCAAAAUUAUGCUCGGCGCAGUCAUUGUGUUGUUAUUUGUCGUUAUCCUCAUGAUUUGUCUUCAUCUCUAUGUUCGAUUAUAUCUCCUGUCCUCCAGCCGCCGACAAUCCCGUAGCCACCGCCGCCGCCGUCGCCGCCGUGUGCAAUUUGAAUUCACAACCGAGCCUCGAAUUGCCGCCGCUUCAUCGCGUGGUUUGCCGCAGUCGAUUCUCAAAUCCCUACCCGUUUUCGUUCACUCGAUGAAACCCGACCCGGAUCCGGUUUAUUGUGCGGUUUGUUUAUCGGAGUUUGAAGAGAGUGAAAUCGGGCGGACUAUUCCCAAAUGUAACCAUAGCUUUCACGUGGGGUGUAUUGAUAUGUGGUUUUACUCGCACGUGACCUGCCCGCUUUGUAGAUCCGAGGUCAAACCCGUACCUGGAUCCGAAUCCGGCCCAUCUAAUGACCCGGUGGAGAUAGUUCUUGAUGUUUGCGAACCGGGUUCGAGAUCUAGCGAGGAUGAACCGGUUCGUGAGUGUCCGGUUGAGAUGGCGGCAUCGGUGGAGCUGGUGGAUGUCGAGUUGAGGCCAGUAGCCGACAUGUCGGAGACAACGACGAGUUUUGUGAAAUCGUUGUCUUUGAAAAGGAUUCUAAGUAGAGAUGCAACGGAACGGGAUCUGGAGAAGGAGGAAUCGGCGGCCGUUCGUUGAGAAAGAUAACGGUUGGUGGAACGGGAUGAGAGUUGUAAAUAUCUGUUUAGUUUUAUAGAUGUAAACUAAGAUACGAACACGUACUUGUCAAUUUUUGUGAUAUUUUCUUCUCCUUA